UGACAGUUACAGGGUGUUUCGUGUCAGAAUACAUUUUGCGUACAAAUUUUUGUGGUAAAAAAUGGCCAGCAAGCAAUUGGUAAACAAUUUGUCCAAACUCGGCCUUCCGCGACAGAAUUGGAUGUCCCCACUGGCCAGCGUUCGCCACUCCAGCUGCCGCGGCGACAUCGAGAAGGUUACACACACCGGACAAGUGUUCGAUAAGGAGGACUACCGCAAUGCCCGGUUCGUGAACGCCAAGCGGUAUGUGAACGAGAACUGGGGCAUCAAGCUCAUCGAGGAGGUGCCACCCAAGGAGUGCACCGAACGAGUUGUCUUCUGCGACGGCGGCGAUGGUCCUUUGGGUCAUCCCAAAGUGUACAUCAACCUGGACAAACCCGGAAAUCACAUCUGCGGCUACUGCGGCCUGCGCUUCGUCAAGAAAGAUGACCAUCAUCAUUGAGGAAACCAUAGUGGCCAAUAGAUUUUAGCUAAAACACCUUUCUAUCCUGUUGCGCUAGCUUGAACUAAACUAAACUAAAUAAAAUUAGAACACCAAAAAGCUAAUCAUAUGAAGGAGUACCAUAAUUAUUACUCUAUCCCAAUGGAUAAAUCAGCUAAAAGCAAUCUUUUCCCGAAAUGAAAGUCAACUCUUUUUUUAUUGCACAACACUUUAUUUGCAUGUGUCUUGAAUGAUUACUAAUGCGUGCAUGCAUUGUGUCCUCUUAGAAAGUUAAAUCUGAUCAAAAUCAACUUAAGCUUUAAAGUUUAGUAAAACUAAUAAACAAAAACCGAAUUGUAAUUCAAAAUACUGUGAGUUGAACUCGGGACUGCUUGGGCAGAAGCCAGAUCAAUUCACCGCGCGGGUGUUUUGUGUUUUAAGUGUAU